CACCGUGUUGCAGCAUACUGCUUAGCGCGGAUUGCAGACCAAUUGUGCUGGCUGGCACCGGCAAGUGCCUUCCCCUGCUGGUCGCUGGUGCUUGCCCUUGCCCUUGCCGAGUUGGGAUAUCACCAUUGCACUUGCCUAAACGACACCAUUCGCCGGGACGACGACCUCUGCCUGCCCACAACACAUUUUCUUUCUUCUCCUUGAAUUCUCCUCCUUUCUCCUUCUUCUCCUUCUCUUCAUCUUCUCUCACUAUCCUGCUGAACGCUCGUUCGUCCCGCUUCAUCCUCUGCUUCAAAACCCAUCUUCAGUCGUUUAUCUACCAUUCGCUCGUUAGCUACCUUCUUUCUUGAACAUCUAGCUUCAUCUGAUCGCUGAGAUGUUGUUCAAACUAAACUCCCUGUUCGUGGUCCUUGUGGCCGUUUGGUUUUCUGCCGUCGUUGGCUAUGCCACUGAUCUCGUCGAUCAUUUCGGCGAUGCCCUUGAUGAGGAGUACGUCUUGGUGUUUCCUGAUGCCAAUGACGCGUUCGUCUAUGUCAAACCUGGCCUCGUUCCUCGGGACGUGACUAUCAUCAAGACCAUCUGUGAGACUGAGACUUCGGUGGCUUCUACCUUUUCCACUGUUCCGGUCCCUACCGUCGUGACUGAGACCACUCGGCUUCCCACUGGUGUCCCCACUGGCGUCCAGACUGGGGUUACUGGAAAGUCUCCGGUUGCUUCGGCCACUGCUCCUACUGGACCUGUGGUUACUGUGCAGCCUCCUGUCACCUCGAAGACGGAGGGUGCUCCUGGAUCUACUGUGCAGCCCCCCAGCUCGUCUGGAACUCACAGUGCUCCCACUACCGACACUGAAAAUUCCACUUCUUCGGUGUCCUCUGGCGAGCAGACUAGCAAUCACACAGUUGGCACUCACACCACUGUGUCUGCUGGCUCCACCGCUCCCAGCAGCACUCAUACUUCUUCUCCUUCGCCCACCAACAACGCCGCUGGCGGUCAUGGUGGUCUGCACUCUGCUUUGCUGGCGUUUAUCGCGGCACACCUGGGUUUCUUUAUGCUCUGAAGGCUAUCGGUGGAUGUCUCGGUCCUUUGAAUACGCUGUAUGCAAAGACCUGGCGACUGCCCUUGUUUCCUUCAUUGAAAACCAGGCGUUGUUUCUCUUCAUGUCGUUCUGGGAUGCACAGCUUGCUCCCCU